AUGUUUAUGACUCGAUCAGAGUACGAUCGCGGCGUCAACACCUUCUCACCGGAGGGACGUCUGUUCCAGGUGGAAUACGCGAUUGAAGCCAUUAAGCUUGGAUCAACUGCCAUCGCUAUCAAGUGCGUGGAUGGCGUUCUGCUGGCGGUGGAGAAACGCGUCUCCUCUCCACUGAUGGACGCCUCGGCCACGGAGAAGAUCUCGGAGAUUGACAAGCACGUCGCCUGUGCUUGCUCCGGUCUGAUGGCCGACGCUCGCACCAUGGUCGACCGGGCUCGAGUGGAGGCUCAGCACCACUGGUUCCUCUACAACGAGAAGAUGUCCGUAGAGAGCUGCACCCAGGCGGUCGCCAACUUGGCCAUUCAGUUCGGCGACAGCGACAAUGAAGGCAGUGCAAUGAGUCGUCCCUUUGGACUGGCCAUUCUCUUUGCCGGCGUCGACAAUGACGUCGGUCCGGCCCUCUACUUCAUGGACCCGUCGGGAACCUACGUCUCCUGUGAGGCAAAGGCCAUCGGAUCAGGCUGCGAGGGCGCUCAACAGGCUCUUCAGGAGAGCUACAACAAGUCCAUCACCAUUGAUGAAGCGCUGAAGACAGUUCUGAAGAUUCUGAAGCAGGUCAUGGAGGAGAAGCUCAGCUCGACGAACGUCGAGGUGGCCACCAUCACCAAGGACAAGGGCUACCACAUGUGGACGAAGGAGGAGCUAGAGAGAUACCUGUCAGCGUUAUUAUUAUCUUCAACUACACCACCAUUACGUCGGCAGCUCUCUCUCUCCCUUCCCAAUUUCCAUCCAUAA